AUGCAGGCCUUGUCGCUGCUGGACGGGAUGCCCGGAGCCGAGCCUGCAGAAGUUAGAGUUGUCGGUUUUGGUUGGUUCGAAGUUAGGUUCACCACGGUGAUCUCGGCCUGUUCCAAAGGCAGCGAGUGGGAGGUGGCCAUGGGCUUGUUGCGGAGCAUGGCGCGACAAGAGGUUGAGCCAGACGCGAUUUGCUAUGCAGCCGCCGUGGCGCAUGUUCAAGGAGGGGACGAUGCGGCCGGCUUUGCGGAUCGACGUGGAGCCCUGGCGAUGCUCAAGGAGCUUUGGAUCAAGCGUCUCCAGCCGGAGCGCGAGUCACUGCGGGCCGCAGCUCUGGAAAUAGCAGGCACGACGGCCUUCUGGGCAGACUCGGCUCGUUCCACCGCUGAGGGUGCGCUGCAGGGAAUCAUCGACGAGGCAGGGCUGUGUGCACUGGAUGUCCCUCGCGGAAACUGGGAGGUCCUUGGCUGCAGCGAAGAUGGUACCAUGGGGGUCUGGCUCUUUAACGUUUGGCUAGUGGCGGCGGAGAGCCUGUGCUUUAUGGUUCGGUUGUUCCAGAGCCUUGUUCCGGGAAUUGCUGUGCUGGACGUGGGAGGACCAGCAGAUCCCACGGGUACCUCCUACAUACUCAGCAGCCAUCGGCGCAUGCGGGCGCGCACAGGACUGGCCAGCUGCACUGCAGCUGUUGCGCGACAUGCAAGGAUACUUGCUGGAGCUUCUGGCAGCCAGACCGUCCGCAGGUAUCCUACCCUGCCUACUCUGAUUCAGAGGCAAGACACCAAAGAGGAAGCCGCAGAAGCCACAUCCAGCGCGCCGUUGCGACGCGGGGGUGAAGAUUUGCUGAACUCCCUCGUGCCAGUGCCCAAUGCUGCGGCCGAGAGCGCCGGUCUGCAGUCACCGCCUGCCGCUUCGCUACGGACGCCCAGCGACCCGUCCAAGCCCUCGCUGGCGUCGCCGAGAGAGGUCAAGAUCCACUUCGAUACCCCCCGAGCUGCUCCCGCCACCAACAAGGCUGCUGGAGACAAGACGGGGCAAGCGAAGGAGGUGCCAAGUGCCACAAGUGCAGUCCCGGUACCUUCAAUGUCUCCUGGCAAGGCAUCUGGCCGGCCACGGGCGUCCAAAGUGGUGAACCGAAAAGCCUUCCAGGCAUGUCGGCAAGGAGAUGUCGGCGCCGUGUAUGCCUGGGACCAGCGGAAGUCCUUGGGCGGCGGCUCCUACGGAGAGGUCUUUGCUGUCAAGCACCGCUUCAAUGUGAAGAAGCGCGUGGCCAUAAAGCAAGUGGGCAAGGCUGGCUGCGACGAUCUGCCCAGGCUACGCAUGGAGAUCUCCGUGCUCAGCUCCUUGGACCAUCCCCGCGUCCUGCACUUCAUUGAGGCGUACGAGGACUACAAGGAUGUCUACAUCGUCACGGAGCUCUGUACUGGCGGCGACCUUCACAGCUGCCUCACGCAGGUCCGGGGCGAUACAUCCUUCACUCGCCACGCUGCAAAUCAGAUUCUGCGAGCUUUGGUUUACUGCCACUCCAAGGGAGUGUGCCACCGCGACCUGAAGCCGGAGAAUGUGCUGCUGGUGCGGAAGCUCGGGGAACUGCGCGACCCCCCCAUGCGAUUGGCCGAUUUCGGCCUGGCCCGGCAGAUUAAGGCCCACAAGCGCAACUUGUGCGACCAGAUCUCCCACGUGAAGUCGCGCGCCUCGGACACGUCUUUCCACGACGCCCCGCCGCUCCAUUCCUUCGUUGGCACUGCGGAGUACAUGGCUCCCGAGGUCAUGGCCGUUUUGAACUCCCACGUCUUUCACGUGGGCGGGAAGUCAUACGACUUCCGGUGCGACCUUUGGUCACUAGGUGUCAUUAUGCACGUGAUCCUUGUCGGGGAGUUGCCCUACAGCCUCGAAGAGCUUCACGGCUGA